CCUGAGCGCUGCUCGAAUUUCCUUCAAGCGCAUUCCACUCGUCCGCUUUGUGCGACAAACACAGCUUUUCUCCUUUGCUCUUCAGAAGCCGUCCGAUCGGAACAAAAAUCAAGAAUGAUGUUCCGAAGUAUCCCUCUGAUCGCCCUGCUCGCCAUAGUUUGCUGCCAUGCCGAGGAGGUGCAGAGCAAAUCUAAAGUGUGUGCUAACGUGUUCUGCGGAGCCGGGAGAGAAUGUGCCGUGACUGAGAAAGGAGAGCCCAGCUGCCUCUGCAUUGAGAAAUGCAAGCCCCACAAGCGCUCGGUGUGCGGCAGCAAUGCUAAGACGUACCGUAACCACUGUGAGCUCCACCGCGACGCCUGCCUGACCGGCCUGAAGAUCCAGGUGGCCCACGAUGGACACUGCAAAGAGAAGAAGAUGGACAAGGCAGCUGCAAGUCCCGUUGUGUGCUACGUGGCGGACCGUAACGAGCUGCGCAGCCGUGUGAUCGAGUGGCUGAAGACAGAGGUGGUGCCAGACGGCUGGUUCUCCAAGGGCUCCAACUUCACCGACAUCCUGCUCAAGUACUUCAAGAACUAUGACAGCGGUGACGCCACCCUGGACUCUGCUGAGCUGCUGAAGUUCAUCCAGCACAACGAGAGCGGCGUCGACCUGAAGACCUACGUGGACGAGGAGAACAACCGCCUACUCAGGAGUCUGUGUGUGGAUGCUCUCAUUGAGCUGUCUGAUGAGAAUGCCGACUGGAAAUUGAGCUUCAAUGAGUUCCUCAACUGCCUGAGACCCGACUUCAACCCCCCUGAGAAGAAGUGUGCCUUGGAGGACGAGUCGUACGAGGACGGAGCCGAGGCCCAGGUGGACUGCAACCGCUGCGUCUGCGCCUGUGGCAACUGGGUCUGCACAGCCAUGAUCUGCGAUGAGAAGACCCCAGCUGUGGAUGAGGUCGACGCUGGUCAGGAGAUGACCGAGGAAGAGUGGACUCGCCGUGUGGCCGAGCUCAACAAGCACCAGGAGACGGUGGAGAAGAUGAAGACAAGCACGAAGGAGGCUUGAAUGAGAUAAGGGGUGAUGGGGGUGAGGGAGGUAGAGAACGAGAGCGAGACAGAGGAGUGGAUUGUAGGAAGGAAGGAGAGAUUGAAAGAAAGACAAAACUGAAGUCGCAUUUCCACUGAAGCGCCAUCUGGGACAACAUACUGUCACAAAGAGAAUCACCCCAUUCAUAAUUGUUAUUUUUUAUAUGACAAUGUUAAUUAUUAAGACUUGUUUUUUUUUAAUUGUGUACUACUCCUAUAUAUAGGCUAUUCAUUUUUUUUUUCUCUGGGUGUGUAUAGCGACACAUGUAUUCAAGUGCAUCCUUUAUCAGUGUUUAUGUUUGUCCGUGUGUUUGACUUUUUUUUUUGUUUAAUUGUAUCACUGCAAGCCUUGGCCGAGGGCCCCAGCACUUUGAAUAGGAGGGGGGCAGUUUUCUAAACACUAGUUUGUCAUUUUUAUUUGUUGUCUGUCUAUAGGAGUACAAACGUGGCUUUUUUUGGAGAGAACGGCACGUGUGGUGACAAACUAAAGAGAACGAAAGAGGGCGAAUGAAUGUGAGAGAGGAACCAAAAGAGCAGAGAAGGGGGAGAGUGUUGUCACACCAUGGCGUGAACCUGUGGGAGAACAUUGCCACAUUGCCAUUGUUGUCAUUUUCAUUCUCGGAGAGUUAUCAGACUUCUGGAAUGGAUUCGUUACACUGUAUACUUCGGUUGUCAGGCUCUACGUCAGCAGUUGGCGCGACAACGGCAUACAUUCCGCCAUGCCGUGCUUCCCUCCCUCUCUCAGCUGCAUGGCAAGGACUGUCAUUGUCAUGUGACCUAUCAUUAAGGUGCUAAAUCGUAUUCGUUUUUUUUUCCUAUGUUGCAGCUUUGUCCAUAAACAUAAGAUACUGUGUAAAUUUUCCGUUGGCCUUUAGGCAGGAAAAUGAAGAAGAAAACAAAAACACCACCACGGGAACAUGACCCAGUAGGUACCACAUCUGGAACCAGUGAGGGACCCGUUCGGUUCUGUGUCUGGUUGUGAUCUGGGGAAAAGGAACAAGGACCUUACUAGUAAACUAAAGCCAGCAGGGGGGAUGUCUCAUUAAUAAUCACUUAUCAUUGUUUUGCUGUAGGCCGUUUGAUGCCAUCUCUUGGACUACUUGAGAAAUGCACUCCACCCCAACCCUGCCCCUUUGCCCCAACACCCACCUACACACUUACCUAACCCCCCCACUCCCACCCACACUCACUGCCCUGACUCCCAGACUGCAUAAGAGAAGCUGGCCUUAGGAGGUCCUCUGUGGAGGUUUCAGUACCACUUGAUUAGUUUAUUAGCCAGUUGGUGGACUUAGCAGUAUAAGCGCAUUUGUUUUGCUUUUGUUUUGUUUCGGUUUUAUUUUUUCACAUGUUACGUGUACUGUAUGUUAGACGCUUGACAUAGGCAUAAUUUGUUUUUUUCUAUUUGUUUGUUUGUUUUCCUUUUCACAAUCAGCUCUAAUGCAGUUGCCGUGCCCAGUUUCUUUGCUGCUUGUGUCUCGGUGGCAAUGGCUACUCCAUGGAUAAGAGCAAUAGUGUUCGAGAGCUGUAGCCUAUACCUAGGGCCCCACUACAUGGGUACGUACAGUACGUCAGUGUCUGUCCUCCUCUGUCAUCUUGGGAGGACACCUGAGACACAUAGGUGAACUCGGGAGGCAGGUAUGAAAAGCUGGUCCGAUCUGGAUCAGAGAUGUUUGGCUGCUCAAGCGCAGUAAGGGACACAGGGGGCUUCUCACACUGUUGUUGUGUGUCCAGUCUGGGUCCAAGGUGGAUCUUGAGGCCUAGAUUCUCAUGCGUAUGUAUGGUGUUAAAAAUGACACAAAAUGUGCAGUCCAGAGGUGACAGGCAAAGAAAAACAUGACCAUCCUGAUUGCUAUAUGAACGUUUGAGAACCUGGCCCAAAGUCCUGAGCAGGUCCAAUUCAGUAUGCCCCCCCAUCCCCUGGUCCCCACUAAGACAAAGUCAGACCCAGCUGCUGUCUGACUGAUUGUACAGUAACUGCCACCAUGAAGCGGGGUUUACAUUGCACGCGCAAACGGUAGCGCUGCGCUAUGAAAUACGUUAUUUUCAAUGGUUUGCACGCGCAAGUACUGGUAAGGAAAAUGCAGCACAAGCGGCAUUUUGCCCGUUUUGCCGCUCUGGCGCUGCUGCGGGUCAAAGGUCAACCAUGUUGCGCUAUAAAUAAUAGGUAUUUUUGCGCUGAGCCCGGCGGCAAGCCCAACGGAAAAUCCUGGAGACAUUACCUCAACCACGAGCAACCAUAGCGGCGAGCGCAGUGCAUAUGCCGCGUGCAAUGUGAAGUCCCUUGAGACAGUUGAACACAUCAGGACAUCCCAUCGGGAUAGGAUAGGAAUAUUUCUAUGGAUCAGCCCCAUCUCCAUGGUGUGUCACAGCCAAAGAUGAAGCAGCAAAUGGCUGAGGCAAGCCUAGCAAGGAGCGACCUGAAACCAAAGCCUGAUGUUGAGGAUGUUUUAAAGUGAUGUAUGAGAACCUCCGGGUAAACCAUUACUUCGGACCCAGCAACUACACUAUACCUUUGAUUUCACAGAGCAGUCUGAGAAGGAUUAGAAUUGCUUUCGACUCUUUAGGUUAGAUGCAAUCUUUCUGCAGUUAGUGGGCGCAUGUGUUUCAGUGUGCGUGUGUGUGUGUGUGUAUGUGUCUGUAAGCUUUUUUAUGUGAUGUUUUCCAGUAAAUCCCACUACUAAUUAGAAUCAUUUUCGAAAAUGAGUGCCUUAAAACCCACACAUGUGGAUUCAGUGUAGGGGACUCACCCUUCUCUUCGCUGGAAAUCAAACCCACAUUGAAAGCAGCAAAAAAAGAAUAGAAGCAGAUUGAGUCACUGUUAAAGUAGGUCAGCCUUAGUUGUUAGUUUCCCCCCCCCUCAUGUCUAUGUAUCUUUGUGAAUGAGUGUUAGUGUGAGUGAGAGAGAGAGAGUGUGUGUGUGUGUGUGUGUGUGUGUGUGUGUGUGUUUUCCGAUUGGAUUAGAGCAAACCUAAACCAGUCCAACAUAAAUUGCUGUCUUGUUAACUUUUUAUGAAAACCUUUGUCUUAUGAGUAUCCUGGGUAUGUAUGACAACAAAUAAAAAAAUAUAUACCAGA